ACCGGACCCACAGCCACCACGAACAGCAAAGGUCGAUAUCCAACGCAGCCAACCUACCCAGUGCAGCCUCCUGGGAAUCCUGUGUACCCUCAGACCUUGCAUCUUCCUCAGGCUCCACCCUAUACUGAUGCUCCACCUGCCUACUCAGAGCUCUAUCAUCCGAGCUUUGUGCACCCGGGGGAUGCCACAGUUCCCACCAUGUCAGCUGCAUUUCCUGGCACCUCAUUGUAUCUUCCCAUGGCCCAGUCUGUGGCUGUUGGACCUUUAGGUUCCACAAUUCCCAUGGCUUAUUAUCCAGUUGGUCCCAUCUGUCCACCUGGUUCAGCAAUGCUGGUGGAAGGAGGGUAUGAUGCAGGUGCCAGAUUUGGAGCUGGUGCUACUGCUGGAAACAUUCCUCCUCCUCCUCCUGGAUGCCCUCCCAAUGCUGCUCAACUCGCAGUCAUGCAGGGAGCCAAUGUCCUUGUAACUCAGCGGAAGGGAAACUUCUUCAUGGGUGGCUCAGAUGGUGGUUACCCCAUCUGGUGAAGAACCAAGGCCACCUCUGUGCCGGGAAAGACAUCACAUAUCUUCAGCACUUCUCACAAUGUAACUGCUUUAGUCAUAUU